AAACAAAAUUAUGCAUCGGUUUAUCUAAGACUCGAAAGUUAAAAGAUGGUGAGCUAUCUUAUGUGCAACGCGGUUACAAGACAGAAAACAACAACAACACAAGUUGCCAUGAAAUAAAUGUCAUGUCGCGUAGGUCAAACGGCAGUUCAUGCCUUGCCGGUUGGUGAUGCCAUGAACCGUCUUCUUUCGAGUUUAGGCUCGAUGUUUUGAUAUCCCAAGUUCCACAUACAAGUAUGUUAUUAGCCCAUCAAAUCUCUACCACUUCUGGUUUUUAAGGCCGAUAAAACCCAAGGCAUGCAGGAGGCCACGAGCUACAAUCCAAUCCACCAAACUUAAGUGCUCACACGUGAGACACGGACACAUGACCAUGAGAACCCUCCGGAUCAUAUAGAGGCUUGUAACCACCUUUCUCCGUUUCGGUAAAGUUGAGAUUUUUUUUUGUUGUUGCUUUUACAACUUUCGGCAUAUCCAUUGUUUAAGGGAAGAGAUAAUGCUGAGACCUUCGCUUCUCUGUUCUUCGGCCUCAAUCACUUUCACUCCAAUUCAACUAUUCAAUCCCAAUUUCUCCCCUCAUUUCCAAAGCUUCGAAGUAUCUCGUCCCGUCUCGGCUUUGUCUCGUACCAAAAAUUGUCACUUCAGUCUCGUGAGAGCUCGUGGGAAAUCCAGCUUCCUCGUUCGUAGCACCGCUACUCAAGAAGCUGUUGAAACCAGUAGUAAAAGUGAAUUGGAUUUAGUUGAAGUUGGAUUCUUGUCUGGUGUUCAUGGCUUACAAGGCGAGAUUUGCAUAAAACCAAACACUGAUUUUCCUGAUUUACGUUUCUCCAAGCCUGGUAGAAGAUGGUUAAAACAACAAUUGAUGGGACAAGAAAAAAUUGAUGAGGUUGAAUUAGUUGAAGGAAGACCUCAUCCUGCCCAGAAGAGUUGGAUUCUUAAGUUUCGAGGGUUGGAUGAUGUUGAUCAGGUGAGACAACUCGUUGGUGCAACUCUGCUUGCUGAGGACGAUGAUCGUCCUGAGCUUGAUGAUGAUGAAUUUUACUCUCGUGAUCUUGUAGGCAUGAAAGUUCUUCUCAAGGAGACGGGUCAACUUGUUGGAACUGUUGCUAAUAUUUUCGACAAUGGAGGAAAUGAUCUUCUACACGUUUUGCUUGACUCAUCCAUGGAAGUCUGCAACGGGAGUGCAAAGACCAAUCAGCUUGUGUGGAUACCUUUUGUAGACGCAAUUGUUCCUGAUGUUGAUUUAGAAAGAAAAGAGAUGUAUAUAACUCCCCCGAAGGGACUCCUCGAGGUGAAUAUGCGAGCAGAUGAUCGGUCCAAGAAAGAAAGGCGGCAGCUUGAAUGGAAAGAAAGAAAAAAGCAGCAGAAGCGUCUUAUUUCUGCUAAAAAGAAGUUAUGUGAAUUGGAGCAAAAGCAUGUGUUUGAUGGAUUAAGGUUUGGAGAAAAGUCUCAAAGGAAUUUACUUGCUGAUCAUAUCCUUGACGUAAACUCCACACUGCUUCAGAAAGCGUUGCAAAGUAUUGACACCUCAUCGAAGAGAUGGAAUGUAAUUGAGGAAAUCAAUGAGCUGAGAGCUAGAGUAUCGGAAUGUACUCUGAAUGUGUCACGAGAAUGCCUUAGUUUUGAUGCAAGCAAAGAGAAAAUGGGUGAUAACUUCAGUUACCUUCAACAAGGGAAAAGUCUAUUCUCUGAGGGUAAAGUUUCUAUUUGUUUGGUUCUCAAUGAUCACGAGAACGAACAACCAGAAGGUGAGAAUGGUGUAGUCUCGUACCUUCAUACACUACUUGAUGAGGAGCAGAGUUUCAUAAAGGAAGAAGAUCACGCUUGCGUGCCACUUGUCAUAGUUUCCCCUGAACAUACCGUUGAAGCUCUGCAGAAGCUAUUUCAGGAUAAUGAUCAUUUUGGAUUUGAAGCAGAAAAGAUCUGGAUUCUCAAAGAAGAAACGCUUCCAGUAGUAUGUAGCUCACCAGAGGAACCGAAAAAGCACAAGAUUUUGAUGAAAUCUCCAUGGGAGAUACUUAAGUCCCCGGUUGGCUCUGGAGGAGUCUUGAGCAUCCUUGCUUCACAUGGAAUUACAGACUCUCUUUCCAGUCUGGGAAUCGAUUAUCUUCAGGUACACAGCAUUGAAACAAAACCACAACCUUCGCAACAUUACAUCAAUCCGAUGCUCGUUGGAUUUGCUAGUGCAAAAGGUGCUGAGAUUGGGAUCCAGAUGACCGAAGAAUCUGUAUUCAAGAACUUGGAAAUGGCAUUCUCAAUGAAGUUUUUGAAGAGAUUAAAGGGCAAAAUCGAGUUUGAAGCUGUUAUGAAGAUGCACUCACAUGUUCAGAAGGUUGAAAAGGAGUGGGUUGAGUCCGUACCAUCAGAACCGAACUCGUUUGAGUUUCAUUCUGAUAUAUGCAGAGUCUUGAGUGAAUGUUCUUCAUCAGCUAAGAUUUGUUUGAUGAACAUCACAGUUUAGAACAUGUAUAUUAUGCUACUUAGUUUUUCGUCCUCACAUCUAAAAAGCUUUUGGAAUGACAAGCCCGAACA